UACUGUAGUCUAUAUAUGAAGUAAGAGGUAGGAGAAGAGAGAAGAGAGAAGAGAGAAUGAAUAUUGUAGGCCGAUCCUUGGAGAGCUAGGGCCUCUCGAAGAGCUCUUUAUGUUUCUUUUUGCAUUCUAAUUCCAGUAUUUCCAUUGUUAUCUUCCCCAAUUUCCAUAUCCUACCAUUAUUUACCUUACACAUACACAGACCCAGCUGCCCCUCGCCCCUCACUCCUCUCCAGUUUCCACUGGCCUUUCAUUCAAAGAAAGAAAAGAAAACCCUCUCGAUCGGCUUUCUCUCACUUUCUGUCUUUAGGGCUUCGAUUGGGUCUGCUCGAUCAACCAACCGAUCCCGGUUACGUUCAGCUUCAGAUCUUGAGGGAGAUGGAGGUACUCCACCAUUUUAGCCACGAGGAGCAUCCCUUGAUCUUUGUGGAAGAGUUACAAAACGAUGGCGCGAAUGAAUUUGUUUGCUCAGGGUGCGAAGAAUCAAUAUGGGGUCCUGCCUACAAAUGCUCUCGGUACUGCAACUUCUUCCUCCACAAGUCAUGUGCCGAGUUACCCCGUGAGAUACAACACCCUUUGCAUCCAAACCACACCCUUGUUCUCCAAGUGCCAUCACGGCCUAAACUUUGUGAAGCCUGCUAUAGGAGUUGCGAAAGAUGCUUCUUCUACCAUUGCAAUACUUGCGAUUUCGACGGCCUUCACAUCGAAUGCGCUUCCGGUUGGCGAACAAAACCUGAAGAUUGUCACCAGCAUGAAUUCGUUACCAUCUUUCAGCAGAUCCAGUUCACUUGUGAACUCUGUGGCGAGGAUCGCAACAGCUUUGCCCAGGUAUGUCGCAUUUGUCAACUCUUGGCCCACACUCCAUGUACUGAGAUGCCUCGUACAAUCAAAAUUAUAGCAGAUCGUCACUGGCUCAAUCUCGUGUAUUCACUUGGUCAAGUGAUGAAGGAGCACGACGACUGUGUACUCUGUAACCUCUGCGGUAAAAAGCUCAACCUCAAGUAUGCGGCUUAUUAUUGUCAACAGUGCGAUUUCGUAGCCCACUUGGAAUGCGCACGCCAAAAUUGGAUUGGACUAAGUGAUACCGUAGACUCAAGCAUAGAUCUCAUUGAGGACAGCGACUUUGAAGAGGAUGAAGAACUUGAGGUGAUCAAACAUUUCAAUCAUAAACAUUACUUAUUCAUCAACCGCAACGAAGUCGAGGUUCAUGAUCAUAAGCUGUGCAAAGGUUGUAUGCAAUCAAUUUCCGCCCCAUUUUAUAGUUGUGACCAAUGCGAAUACUUUCUCCAUAGCAAAUGUGCUCGACUUCCCUUAAAGAAGCGACAUCCAAACCACCCACAUCUUCUUACCCUCUCUGCAAGGGGAAGGGAAAGUUACAUUGAUGGCCUCGUAUUUUGCAAUGCUUGUGGUCGUUACAGCCAUGGCUUCGCUUAUACAUGUCACAAAUGUGAUUACUAUAGCCUUGAUAUCCGAUGUGGUUCGAUUUUGAAAAUCUUUAACCAUGAAGUUCACCAACACUCCCUAUUUCAUGCUUUAAGUUCCGUUGAAAAGUGUCGUGCUUGUGAUGGGUCGGAGAAUACCAAUGGUGUAUUUGUCUGCACUAAAUGCAGUUUUGCCUUGGGUUUUGAAUGUGCAACCCUCCCACUCAAAGCUAAGUAUGAAUAUCACCCACAUCUUCUCUCACUCACUCACGUUACUGCCAAAAAUGAUUUUGAAGAAUACUAUUGUUUAAUUUGUGAAGAAGAAAGAAAUUCAGAUCAUUGGUUUUAUUACUGUGCACAAUGUAACUUUGGUGCUCAUCCUCGAUGUGUUGUAGGGAGGAAUCCCUACAUUAAGUAUGUAAGAAAUUUGACUCGGAAAUAUCACCAACACCGUCUCAAUUUUGUCCGGAGAACUAAGGUCUCUCGUCCAUGUGAUACCUGCGGUGAAACUUUUGAUGGACAUGUGGCCCUAGGCUGUACACAAUGCAAAUCCAUCAUCCAUUGGACGAAGGAAUGUAUGGAUAAAUGGAUAAUAAAAUAACAUGGAGAAAUAUUACAGCCAUGAAUAGAUUUGGUAGUCAUUCAAAGUUCGACAUUAAUAGACCUCAGAAACUCAUAUCCACUCACCCAAACAACAGAAGAGCCUCCAACUGAUCACAUGGUCUCUUGAUCUGUCAUUAGCCUGAAUCAAACCUCAUACGAUGAUGAUCAUUGAAGUGCUUGGAGUGAACUUGAAUCAAAUGCUACAUUUGAAUUGUUUACAGGUACUGUGAGGGUCACAUUCUGUUGCCAUCAAAUUGCUCAUUAAAUUAAUUACUAGUCAUUUGAUGAACAA